UUCAAAUCCUUCUUUCUCAUUGGUUGCUUUGUGCGGUUAAUCUGAGUUUUAACCAAUCAAACGACUUGACGCCGAAAGACAUCCGAGUGUUUAGCUUAAUACAUAGCGUGGGUAAACUAGUUGCGGCAUCUGUUUUUGCAAUAGGACGAUAAAAGUACAUCAUCAUGCCACGAGGAAAGAGUGACAAACCGAGGGGACGCAUGUCGUCGUAUGCCUACUUUGUGAAAAUAUGCCGAGAGGAACAUCAAAAGAAACACCCUGGAGAGAAUGUUGUAUUUACAGAGUUUAGUCGGAAGUGUUCAGAGAAAUGGAAGGAGAUGAGUGCAAAAGAGAAGCUGAGAUUUGAGGAAAUGGCUGCUAAAGAUAAAAUCCGCUAUGACAGUGAGAUGUCGACGUACACUCCACCCCAAGGCGAGGCUGUUGGCAAGGGACGCAAACGCAAACACAAAAAGGAUCCAAAUGCUCCAAAAAGGGCUUUGUCGGCAUUCUUUUUCUUCUGUGCUGACGAGCGCCCAGCACUGCGGAAGCAGUUCCCGGACUAUUCUGUCGGUGAUAUCGCUAAGGACCUGGGCAAGAUGUGGGCUGUGUGUAAAGACAAACCCAAGUACGACGUUUUGGCAGCUAAAGACAAGAAAAGAUAUGAAAUAGAAAAACUUGCUUAUGAGAAAGGUGGCAAAAUACCUCUUGUGAAGAAGCCGAAACCGCAACCGCUACCGCAACCAGAGGUUCAAGAGGAGGAAGAGGAGGAGGAGGAAGAAGAGGAGGAUGAUGAUGAUGAUGCUGAGUAAAUGGAUGACGUGACGGAAAGGUUGAUACUUUGAGACGAGCGCCGAGCAGCUUCCUGUAGACUCUCACUCGACGGUGAAACCACCGGCCGGAUCUUCAUCACACCCGUAUCACACGAUCAUCACCCUGCCCUUUCUGUUGAGAGUUUACCCGAAUCUGCUUGGAUCUGCCAAUGUUGGACCAUUGCUCGAUCUGUUCCCUGCAGACCACAGUCGAUGUUGUGUUGACCAUUUAACCAUUUUAAACUGAUGCUAAAAGCUGAGAAACAUUCGGAAUAGAUUUAAGAAAGAAUUUUUUUUAUGUAACCUCUUCACUACUCUUGUGUUUUCAUCAGUGUUUUCAUCAUAUUGGAUGUUUUAGCUGUUCACUUCGAUACCUCUCAAGUUCAAUUGUAAAUUGUGUUUAGUAGGCGUGAUCAUGUGGAAAAUGUCGUUCGCGGAUCUAUAUCGUGCAUUUCGGUGUUUUAGUUGCAAAGACUUGUGGAAAAGAGGAAGGUGCAACUGAAAUGCAUUUAAUGACUUGUGUAUAAAGCAUUUGAUUUUACCACAGUUGACAAACCUGUAGACUUGCUCCUGGGUCCUGGCAGCUUGUAAUCAUAAGUAGCACUCAAAAUGAAAGCUGCUUUGUGACUCUGCAUUGCUUUUUAAUGUGUUCCAUGGAGGUUUGAGAAGAUUAGUGUAAUUUAUUGUAACUACGACACCAUUUAAAAGACAUUUUAAAUAGUAGCUAUAUUUUCACGGCUGCAAUAUAUUGUGGCAUCAAAAUUUUCAGUUUAGCGUAAAGCAUUUCACCUGUUUGUUCUGUUGUUUUUUGGUCGUCCGUGUUUAUUGAUGGAAUUAUGAACUUUGUCAUUGUCUUGUUGACCAUUGCUAAUAUGUGUAACUUAGUUUGCUCUUUUAUUAACAUUCACAUAUGUUUUUAUCAGUACUUUUAUUUUGUAUAAAUUACAGAGAACAGUUAAAAAAAAUUAAAAUAAAUGUUGGAACAAAGUU